CCUUUUCCCCCCUCGGUAUGACAUCACUGCUGGACAAAGCGGUAAGGAGUGGUUACUGAGGAGAAAUCAAUGGAACAGAGCCACACACACUGAAAAACCAUCCUGCAGCCUUAUUCACCGUCAAAACAAAGUGUUACCACGUCGGUCGGCAGCAGUCCUUUCAGUCGCUUUCUUGUUGUUAAGAGGAAUGAACUACUCUGGAAAAUAACCUCGGCUGCGCUUGGUCAGAGAAAAGAGUCACCGCCGCUGGAUGGUUGGUGCUUUUUUUAAGUUUCGCCCUCCUAACAUGCACUGUGUCUGAAGAAGAAGAUGACCUGCGGUUCGAAUCCACCCUGGAAGACCAUGCUGUCCCUCCUGCUGCCCGCAAUGCUGUCCGUCCAAACUAUGGCUCUGAUGGAAGUAUACGUCCCAGAGCAGCCAGUGGUGGCGCUGCAUGGCAGGGACGCCACACUCAACUGCUCCUUCAGCGUCCCCACCCCCUUCAACCUGUCUGAUCUGUCCGUCUUCUGGCAGCUGACAGACACCAAACGCAGUGUGCACGCGUACUGGAAGGGACAAGACCAGCUGGCAGACCAGGCCGAGCGCUUCGCCAACCGUACCAGCCUGUUCCCCGCCCAGCUGGGCCUGGGCAACACUUCCCUCCUGUUGAGCGGGGUGGUGGUGGCUGAUGAAGGCAGCUAUACCUGCUUCGUCAGAGUACAGGACUACGGCAGUGCUGCUUUGCUGCUGCAGGUGGCCGCCCCCUACUCCAAACCCAUAGUGACUUUGGAGCCUGAAUUCAAUCUGCGGCCAGGUGAUGAGGUGGCUCUGACUUGUGUGGCCUACGGUGGUUAUCCUCAAGCUGACGUGAUAUGGCAGGAUGCGAGCGGGCGCAACCUGACAGACAAUAUCACCAGUUCAUUCGUGGCCAAUGAGGAAGGGCUGUUCACUAUGACCAGCGUGCUGACAGUUGUGCUGGAGCCUAAUAGCACCUACAGCUGCCGACUGAUCAAUCCACUACUGGGCGAGGAGGGCUAUGCCUCUGUCACAAUCACAGGUCAGAACAUCACGUUCCCCCCGGUGGCUCUGUGGGUAACUGUUGGCCUGGCCGUGUGUCUGCUGGUGCUGCUCAUUGCCCUGGCUGCUGUCUGCCGCAGGAAGAUCAAGGAGAGCUGCGAGGAGGCCAGGAGAGAAGCUGAAGAGGCCAAAGAGCUGGAAGAAGAGGAGUCAAAGACAGCCAUGACACUGCUGAAAAGCUAAGGCCAAGUGAAUAAAGGCAAGUUCACAUUAACCGCACCAUCAUACUGGAGUCGGGGCCAGACGGCGGGUAGGAGAUGAGUCUGGCGGGUAAUCCCACUCCACCUAUCCAUCAACCCAGAGACUAUUUCCAGUGUCCCCUUACAGAAUGUCAAAGCCUCGCUGAGCAGAAGAUGAGUCCAUCAUCCUCUUUCCAAGACUUUCCCUCGAGUUUCCAUCAAAACACAUAAACACAUCAUGUGCCAUUAUUUUCUAUUGCCCUCCUCCCUCCCUUUCUGCCAUUCGAGGGCCGCAGCAGUGAGCGAAUGCAGUUGAGUGGGUUAUGUUGUAUGCAGUACGCAAAACAGAAGCUCUGUUUGAAAACUACAGGAUGUGACAGGAUCCUCUCUCUGUCGCUGACAUCACUCCGUAUGGGUUGUGAUGGGGCAUGUGCCAGAGAUCUCCUGUCUAAUAGGAAGUGAGACACUUAAAGAGAUGACCCUGCCUCAGUUGCCAUCACUGUCUCUCUGCCAGAGAGAGCUUGGCUCUCCCAUUACUCCUGCACUUGCUAAUUAGCGUCUGUCGCUGGAGUAACUUGUACCUGUCAGUGUGUGCCGCUCUCCUGUAUUCAGUAACUUGAGGGAAUUGAAAUUGAAUGCCAGCUAAGCUCCAACAAACUGCAAAUGGUCCAUGGGAUACACCCUGAUUUUCUCACUGACCUGACAGCCUUAUAUGUAAAAAAAUGUUUUUAAUGAACACAGACUAUUUCAGCUAAUUUCUACUGCUUGUGUGAAAUGUUGUAUCUCUUUCAGACUACGAUCUCUACAGGUUGUUUUACUGCAUUUCUUUUUUUAAGGUACUUGAGCAAGUCCCCGUGCCAUAUGUGCAUGUGCCAAAUGCCAAAGCCAUUUGUGUCAACCUAACCUAGUGCCUAUUUACAUUAAAGAGACAUGGUGAAACUG